AUGGGUACAGCAUCAUCGCAGAUCGACGGAGAAUACCAACCAAGUUUUGGUACUUUUCAUAAUCUAAAAGCAAUUGAUAUUGAUGGAAAUGAAAAACCAAUGUCGGAUUUCCAAGGAAAAGUUCUUAUGGUUGUUAAUGUUGCCUCAUCUUGUGGUAAAACUGAUCGUGAAUAUACACGUUUAGUUGAUUUAUAUUCUCGUUAUCAUGAUCAAGGUUUUGAAAUCUUAGCAUUUCCAUGUAAUCAAUUUCUAUUUCAAGAACAUGGAUCAUGUUCAACAAUAAAAUCUUUCAUUAAAAAAUAUAAUGUUGAAUUUCCUAUGUUCGAAAAAAUAAAUGUCAAUGGUAAUGAUACACAUCCUAUAUAUACUUGGUUAAAACAAAGUUACCCAGGUCGUGUAACAUGGAAUUUUUCCGGAAAAUUUUUUAUUGAUCAUCAUGGUAUACCACGUGCACGUGCCAAUGAUAAUUUCGAAGAAAUUGAACAAAUUAUUCAACGUUUAUUAAAAGAAAGAAAUGAUGAACAAACAAAACAUUAA